GGGGCUUCGUCGCGUGGGAGCUCGGGAAGGCGGCGCAGCGAGAGCGCCCGGCCACGCGGUGGGGGGGCUGAGCGGCCUGCAGCUAGGACCUUCGGAUCCCGUGGGGCUAGGGCCUCGGCCUGUGAGGCGAGAGGAGGGGGACACCCUUGGGAGCCUGAGGGGGUUCACGGUGGGACCCCCCCCCCCCGGGGGACACAGGUGGAGAGGCAAGACUUGCCGAGGAGCGUGCCACCCGGGGUGAGGGACAACGUAGAACAAUUACGGAGAUGGACGAAGGUUCCAGAAGGGGCAGCGAUGUGACUGGGCGGGCGGGGCACUAAAGGGGCAGACGCGGCUGGAUCCGAUGGUGCCUCAGAAAUGGUGGUGGUUCUAGAAGGGUGGAGGUCAUGGUGGCUGGGAAGCUUCCAUGCUUCUUGAGCAAACCCUCAAACCUCUAGUAGAGCACUUGUUUUCAUCUGGAAUGUUGGACAUACCACAUUCAGCAGUAAUUAGUAUAACAUUUCAGAAGAAAUCCUUUUGUGCUCAUUCAUACUUGUUCAUCAAGACCUUUGAGUCCCCAAGGGCCGAAUUUACCUCUAAACUGAAAAAUGGAAAGUAAAGUACCUUUAUUCUGCCAGGCAGAAGAAAAUAGCGAUUUAUCAGAUGAAGGCUGUAAUUCUCUUGCAACCAACUUGCCAUCGAGACAUAUUGACAACAAGAAAGACAUCAAGUUUUCUCAAAUGACACAGGAGACAAUUUCACAUGAAAUUAGGGGUUUGAGGCUAGAGCACAAAAAAAGGUAUGAAACAUCAAUAUUCCUCUGUGGAGAAGAGAAAUCCUCUGAUUUUUCAGGAGAGAAAAAGUUCAGAAGAAAGAAAAGUUUACAAGUACAGUUGCAUACUGAAAGAACUGAGAUUGCCUCUUCCUCAGUGAAGCUGUUGAAGGAGAAGAUGACUAAGAAAGAAAGGUCUUCACUCAAGUUUCCGAAUCAGUACAGUGUUCACAAGACUUUAUCACCCCUUUGUACAUCUUCCUCAAUUAUUCGGAAAAGGGAAAUGCUUUCUAGCCUCUGCAAGACAUCAUAUAAUGAAGUACCUCAAGGACACUUACACUCACAAGAAUUAAGCGCACUUCAGAAGUCCUGUAAAAUUUUUAGCAAAAUUCAAAGUGGUAAAAUUUAUGUGAAUGAUCUGCCAAUGAUCCAUCACACCUUGAAGAUUUUUAUAAGUGAUUCGGAAAUGCAAAAGGCACUAAAGACUGUUGAUAUUGAUGCAUUCCAGAAUGCCUUGAAGAUUUUCUGUAGGAUAAAAAGUGGUCGAGUUGCGACUGAUGAACUGGCUGCUGUUUUGGAUAGCAUGGAUAUUCCUGUAAUUCCUGAAACUUUUCAGGAAGUGAUAAAACAUGCUAGUAUAGACAGUAACCACAUGGUGGAUAUUAGAGAUAUUCUGUUUAUUUUGGAUGAACUACAGCACCAGUAUGAAGAUUUUUCAGUUAUGGAAUCAUCAGCCUUGGAUGAAUCUACUUCAAACAGAAAGUUAUCAAAUAUAUCAGAAUGUUAUCCACAGUAUAGGAUGAAAAGCAGUUUCUCUUCCAGACUACAUGAACCAUCAUUAUUCCCAAAGUUAAAUAGAAAACACCUCCAAUAUCAUAAAAUUAUGGAGGAUAAUGAUUACCUUGAAUUUAAAAGAUCAAAAAAUCCUUUGCAAAUAAACAAAUUCCGAAAUGGGGUUGAUAGCAGUGAUAUAGGAUUCUGGGAACCAUAUUCAAAGGAUGGCAUAAACUUUAAGAAAAGUUCAGAGAAGAUUGAAAUUCAUGACUCAAAGUCUACAUCACAUAGCUUGAAGAGCAUUACAAGCCUCAAAAAGUCUCUGGAUAAAAGUGAUAAUUUUAGUACCCCCAAACUUCAGAAGCUAGCUGUGAGAAGGCAUUCCAGCCUCCUAAAACAGGUUUCGUCGAAAGAAAAGAUUGCAGUGAAUGCUCUGGAAAACAUCUGUGAAGCUAUCAAUAAACUCCAAGAAAAUUACAUUGCUGCAGAAGAACUUCAGUCCUUUUUGCCUUCAAUAGGAGUUACUUUAUCAGAAGAGUUCAAGGAGAUUGUGGCAAAGACUACUCAAAAUGGAAAUGGAAUGGUGAAGUUAGAUGACUUUAUGAGCACUCUCUCCAAGGAGCAAAGUCUUCCUGAAUGUGAUGUGUUGACUGAUGUCAUUAAAGCCAUUGAUAAAAUUAAAGAUGAAAAUAUUGAUUAUGAGGAUAUGAAUACUUGUCUUCAGCAUUUUGGAGUUUACCUUUCUAAGCCAGAAUUUGAGAAGAUCACAGAGUUGACUGAAGUUGACAAAACGAAAAAAGUGAAUUUUAAAGAUUUCAUUGAUACAAUGAUGACCAAUACGGAACGCUUCUCUGAAAAAUUAUUAUUGCCUGAUGCUAUUGAAAACCUCCAUAAUCUCAGCAAAGGGAAGAUGAAUAUUUCUCACCUGUGGACCACUCUGUCUAACUUGAAUAGUAACUUGAAAAAAAAUGAAUUCCUAGCUGCACUGAAAUUAGCAACAGUGGAUGAAGAUGAUGAAGUACAAAUAGAAGAAUUUGGACAAGUGGUAAAGGAUAUUCGUGAUGCCUCCAGGUUAAAAGAGUUACAAGACGUUGUCUUAGCUCUUGAUGGGCUUGAAGAUGACAUGAUCUCUGGGAAGAACUUGGAGAGCUUUCUAGGAAAUAUUGGGAUUAAGUCACCUGAAGAAGAGGUAGAGAAAAUUCUUCAGUCAGAUCUUGUUUCUGAUGACAGCAUGGUGAAUGUUAAAGACUGUAUGAAGGCUUUGAAGGACACUCAGAAAUUUUCCACUUUUGUUGCAUUGAAUGACAUCAUCGGUACAUUGGAAUGUAUGGAGGAAAGUGAUCAGUCUGGCAAGGACAACUAUGCAGAUGUACUUGGAAACACCAAUAGAAUUUAUUUCACUGAUAAUAGUUUUCAAGAAGUGCUGGAUGAUUCCUUGCUUGGCGACUUUAGGAAAGAGGCUUUGUCUUCAAAUCUGAAACUACCAACAGCAGAUGCAUUUAAAGAAGCUGCUUAUAUCUUGACAAGUGUUGAUAAUGGCAAGAUUGACAUACGUAACUUGGAGCAUGCCCUGAAAAGUUUGAAUGUUAAUUUAGCUGAGGAGGACGUCAGUGAAGCCCUUAAAUAUUGUGACAUCAGUGAUAAUAAUGAGGUGAAUUUAAAAGAUUUCUUUGAAAGAAUUAAAGGAAGUCCACCUUUCAAAGAGUCCAUAGUUACACAGCUACUCUUAGUUACUGUUCAAAUUCUCCAGAAUGAUCUGAUUGAUGUCUCUGACCUCAAGGCAUUAUUGAUGAACAAUGACUUUCAUGCAGCUAAUGUUUUACUUGAUGAAGUAUUAAGACAUGGACCUGAACACGGUUAG